GCACGUGGCGCAUAGCCAAACAGUAGUAAACAAUAUUGAGACUUCCGUCUUCCUUUUCUGGCACUUAUUCUCGUCGAUUCUCUUCUCUUCUGUGAUCACGCCAUUUGCGGCAAAAAAAAAAAAAAAAGAAUAUGGGAAGGAAACGCAAUGCUGCAAAGAGUAAAGAAAGAGCUUCCGUGGAUCAAUCCUUGGAGAAAGUAGAACAACAACCAAAAAUGCAAUCCAAUUCUAGUAAUGGAUCUUUGAAAAAGAAAGGGAAACAUGUUGUUGGCAUUAGUGUUAGGCGCUCUGUACGACUUCAAGGUACGGCUGUGCACACUCACAACCAGGACAUUGAGCGUUUAAUUGAUGAGGUAACUUUGACUGAAAGUGAGAAAGAAGAUGAACCAUCUACAGAUGAGAUGGAACAACCCAAACCAACUAUGGAAAAUAAAAACUUGGAAGAUAAAGUUGACUACCUAAUACAACUAGUAGAAAGCCAACAAAGCAAAUUUUCACCUCAUGAGAACCUGUGUAUGUGUCAUGCCAGAUAUAAAAACUUGUAUUUUGACUCCCAAAAGAAGAUUGAAACCUUAACAAAUGAAAAUCAUCAGCUAGCUUUGAAGUUGGAGAAUGCUCUAGGCAAACUUGAAUCAAGUGACUAUUUCACCUCACCACUAGCCUAGGAAGGAGCGCCACCUGACCUGAAGAUCGGCCAAUUCCCAGAAUUUGAUCAUCGGAGUACUCACGCGCUACUUCUUUCCUCGACAACGUGAGUCGCCAAUCUCCUUCUCCAACAAGCGUGAGGUCUCACCACUGAGACUAUUGCACUCAGAAAAUGACGACGAUCAUAACCUCAAAAGCCUGUCAUUGUUUGCCAUCACAUGUGCCAUUACAGUCGUCAAAAUAGUUGUCUUCGUUGAAUUUUCUCCCUAUUUAGACUUCGUUCACCUUUUUUCGAUAUUGUCUCUUUAUGUACAACAUAUGUUGAUCCUCUAUUGCUGCAAAAUCAUUUGAUCAAGCACCUUCUUGUUGUAUUUGACUUUUGAUUAUUUUGAGUAAUAUUAUGGUUGAUAAUAAACCUAUAACUAUGGCUGAUGUGGUUCUUGUAAUAUCAAAAAUCACGGAACACUAGCGUAAUGGUUCUAAUAAUUUGGAAUAGAGCAAGACAGUUCAACUUUAUCUUCUAAGCCUUAAGAAAGAUGAUUACCUUACAGAAACCCUCCUACGGGUGGUCCUAAACAAGCAUGACUAAGAGAUGAUGCCUGAUUAUUCCUAUGAAUACGAAAUUUCAUUGAAAGUAAGGUAAUUAGCGUAAUUAAUCACUGUGAAUUAGUUAAAGAAUUGAUGAAGUAUCUAGAUUUCCUGUAUUUUGAAAGAGAGAAUAUUUUUCUCAUAUAUGAGUUAUGCAAAGCCUUUUAUUGUGCAAAAAAACAAGAUAAGACGAUUACUUCCUAUUUUGUGGACUUUAUAAGAAUUUAUGAAGAACUCAAUAUAUUAUUAUCAUUCUGUCCUGAUGCCAAAGAUUAACAAGCCCAAUGAGAGCAGAUGACCAUUAUGAGUUUCUUAGUUGGUCGUCCUCUUGAGUUUGAGGCUAUUGUCUUAGAUACUUGCUAGUCUUGAGAUUUCAUCAUUACAUGACACAUUUACUAGGGUACUUCAUACAUAAAGUAUUUUAUCGUUUCAGAAUAAUAGUGCUCUUAUUGGUCAAAGUAGUGCACAUGAAAUUGGAUGCCCAUAUAAUAGAUUGGUAAUAGAUGAGAGGAAUCAACAAUCAUGAUAGAGUUAUUGAUAAUCGGAGUAAAGAUUCUGGAGGGAUUGUUUGCUAUUACUAUCAUGAGUCUGGACAUGCAAAACGUACUUGUAGAAAAUUGUAGAAUCGGACUUAGAAAUCUGAAUUAGCACAUAUUGCAGUCACCAACACUGCAACCAAUUCAUCAUCUAAAUAGACUAUUAUGAUUUUUGCAGAUGAAUUUGUCAAAUUCUCUUAGUACCAGGAAUCACUGAAGUCUUCAUCAACUCUUUUCACUGUAAUUGCUGAGUCAUGUAAACCAAACACGUCUUAUUUCCUCAUUAUCCAAAUGGGUAGUUGAUUCUAAUGCCAUAGAUCAUAUGACAAGUAAUCCUAGUCACUUUUUUACUUUCCAAUCACAUGCAUCUCCUUCUAGUGUUACUUUAGCAGAUGGAUUAACAUCAUAUGUUCUUAGUUCUGACACUGUUGAUCCAACUUCAUUAAUUUCCCUGUCAUCUAUCUUAAGUUUACAAAAA